CCAUCCGCUCAAGGUAUCUUUGGAAGAUCUCUACAAUGGAACGUCCAAAAAGCUCUCUCUUUCGCGCAACAUUAUUUGCAUCAAGUGCAAGGGUAAAGGGUCUAAGUCAGGUGCAUCAAUGAAAUGUACCAGUUGUCAAGGUUCUGGAAUGAAAGUGUCCAUCAGACACCUUGGUCCUUCCAUGAUCCAACAGAUGCAGCAUCCGUGCAAUGAGUGUAAGGGUACUGGUGAGACAAUCAAUGACAAGGAUCGCUGCCCAAAUUGCAAAGGUGAGAAGGUUGUUCAGGAGAAGAAAGUCCUGGAGGUUAUUGUUGAAAAGGGUAUGCAGAAUGGACAGAAGAUUACUUUCCCUGGAGAAGCUGAUGAAGCACCUGACACAGUCACUGGGGACAUUGUAUUUGUCCUACAACAGAAAGAUAAUCCCAAAUUUAAAAGAAAGGGUGAUGACUUAUUUGUAGAGCAUACAUUGACACUUACUGAGGCACUUUGUGGCUUCCAGUUUAUACUGACCCACCUAGAUGGCAGACAACUCCUCAUUAAGUCACAACCUGGGGAAGUGGUUAAGCCUGAUCAAUUCAAGGCUGUAAAUGAUGAAGGAAUGCCAAUGUAUCAAAGACCAUUCAUGAGGGGCAAACUAUACAUUCACUUCACUGUUGAUUUUCCGGACUCCUUGAACCCUGACCACUGCAAGGCACUAGAGGCUGUGCUACCUCCAAGGGCCUCAGUCCAGCUGACUGACAUGGAACUGGAUGAGUGUGAGGAAACAACUCUGCAUGAUGUUAACAUUGAGGAAGAGAUGCGAAGGAAACAGGCACAGGCUCAAGAAGCUUACGAGGAAGAUGAUGACAUGCAUGGUGGUGCCCAGAGGGUCCAAUGCGCUCAACAAUGAUAGAACAAACGUGGGUCACAGACGGUGGCUUGGCUGAAAAAAUGGCCUUAAGUGAGAAGGGACGGAAUGUUUAAUUUUGAGAAGAAGAUUCUCAACAUUAUUGUCGUUAAGUCUUUUUCUAGAGUUCUAAGUUUUUGCUAAUCGAAGGAACUGAUAAUGUACGGAAAGAUUUAGCUUUGGAAAGUCACCUACCUUAAUGGUUUACAACGUUGUGUCUCUUGUGAUCCGUUAAGUUUUUCAUUUUUUCCCAUUUAAAUUUAAGAAAAUUAUUUGAGAUAUUAUACAUCCAUCGAAAUUGGAGUCCAAAAUCUUCACAGGUGACUAAUUCGAAAAUUAUGUUGGGGUAUAGAUUUAGUAUGUACCUUACAAAAUUAUAGAAUUUACCCUAUCUUUUAUUUUAA